GGCGUCACCGCUGUUUUAGGUCGGAAGAGUCCGCCGACGCCCUCUUCCGUUGUUUACAAAUAACACUUUUCAGAAAUGUACCACACAGUCACUAAUGGCUUUUUCCACUACAGCAUGUAAAGGUGAAACUCAACUAUUGGGUAGUUAGCAUAUACUUUCUGAGAGAUCAAGCACGGCUGGUGAGUCACGUUGGCACAGGUUCAAAUGGCGGAGGAGGCGACAAAACUGACCCUGAGACGCCUGGAGGCCCCCAUCCACAAGUUCAUUAAAGUGGCUCUGCCCACCGACCUGGAGAGGCUGCAGAAACACCACAACAACGUCCUGAAGUAUCAACAUAGCCAGCAAUGGGACCGCCUUCAUCAAGAGCACAUAAACGCCAGCCGAACGGUUCAGCAGCUGCGAGCAAACAUUCGAGAGAUGGAGAAGCUGUGCAGCCGCGUGCGCGCUGAAGACGCUGCGGCUCUGGAGAGGCUCGUCAGGCCGGUCAAGGACAGAGCGUCGUCCGCUACACGAGACUUCCUGCUGUUGCACUCCAACCCUGCACUUAAGCCUACGCUGUCUUUGCCGUCGCCUGAUGUUCAGCCAUCAUCCGGCAGUUUAUGUGCUGAUGUAGAGGCAGAGGAGUCGGUUUGUGGAUGGCAUGUUCAGUCUCAACUACCAGAGAUCCCUGCGCAAGAGAAUGCUGCUGAGUCCUGGGACAACCUGGAAGAGGAUUUGAAGGAACUGAGUGGUCUGGUGACAACCUUCUCUGUGCUGGUCCAUUCCCAGCAGGAGAAGAUUGACAGCAUCGAGGACAACGUCAACACAGCCGCUGCCAAUGUGGAGGAGGGGACCAAGAGCCUGGGGAAGCUGCACUGCUGUGCUGCCCUUCUGCCCGGGAGGGGGUGUCAAGACAUUAUUAUGCCAACUACUAUCAACAUUGCAUUCAUGGCGAUGGCUGUGUACUAACCGCACUAAAAUCAAGGCAUUGCAACUGGCCACCAGUUGAAUAUCCCAAAUGAUGAAAAAAGAGGACCUAAGAUGGAACUUUGAGGAACCCCACUAGCAACGUUCCCUCUAAGGUGCGCGCCUGUGCAAUUGCGCACCGCUCAAGCGUCCUCUGCGCACGGCAAAUCUAUGCCACGCACAAAAUCAAAUAAAAAAAUAAACGCAUAACAAUUUUCGACACACGGACACGACCGAGAAAACAGUUUUCGUCAUCAUUGUUCAAAUAUUGUAACGUCUGUCGAGACGCUUUGAGGACAUGAAUUCCAUCGAUCACUUUAUUGAGCUCUUUAUUGUCGGCCAUAAACACAUCACCAAAACAUAAGUAAAAAAUGAUAUCUAGCAAAACUGGUCAUUUUCUGCAGUACAAACCAGACCAAAAGCAACUUUGUUAUAUCAACAGCAGCCGCUCGCUCUUUCUCACUUGCGUCAACACAUGCACAUAUGGCACUUAGCCAGUGAUGCGUUUACAGCCACACAAAAAGUCGGACAACUCCAACACCACACAUAAAGUGUCAUUCCAGGUCGUUACACUAUGAUUUACCAAUCAAAAGUGUGCUUAUUCUAGUGUCAUUUAUUAGGAAUCUUAAUUUAUAACUAUUAAUCAUGAAAUGCUGUUAGUAUAUUAAAUAAAUACUAAUAAAAAUAUAUUAUUUACAAACAGGAAGUUGCAGGAAUGUACACAUGAUCCCCUGCUUACAUCUCAUUGUGCAACAUGUGAAUGUUUUAAUGGGAACUAAAUGCAAUGUCUGAAAGGGGUACAAAUUAUUUCCAAAGCAGGACCUCCACCCAGACAAACAAUACAAGUACACCAGUGUUUCCCACACAUUCAUUUAUUUGUGGCGGCCCGCCACGAAAGAAUUACGUCCGCCACAAAUUAAAAAAAAUAUAUAUAUAUAUAUAUUUUUUUUUUUUGUUUGUUUGU